AUGUUUAAAGUCGAUUCUGGAGGUGGCCAAUUUCAUUCGCCAUCAACCACGAAGAUAAAUGGGAGCCGAUUCUACCACAACAGAUACUUCAUCAGUAAUGAAGAAAUGAAGCUAAAAUACAGCAGUUUCGUCUUGAAACAUUUAUUGAUCCUCAUGCUGGGAAUGUCACUUGUCAUUUUGAUGAGCUGUCCAACGACCACGAUGGUGGUUCAUGGGCAACAAAUUUAUUCAUCUCCAUCAAAAACUGAAGUUUCAUCAAUACCACUAUUUCCAACGGAUCAAUCAUUACCGAAAUCAUAUGCAGGAAAUUUACCUGUUCGAAAUGGACGUGAUCGAUUGUUUUAUUGGUAUUUUGAAAGCUCCGAUAAAACAGCCCAAGAUUUGAUUGUCGUUUUGAAUGGAGGCCCAGCUUGUUAUUUUGCUGAAUUACUUUUUAUGGGAAAUGGAGUUUUCAGUAUUGAAGGAGAUUUAGUGAGCGGAAAAGCAACUAAGGUCACACUCAAUAGCAAAUCCUUUCAUCACUUUGCUCAUGUUCUUUAUAUUGAUUCUCCACUUGGAACUGGAUUCAGUCAAUUUUCUACAACCUCUUCAGAUGUUGACUCGUACGCACAGUCCAUGUUUCCAGGAAAUCCAUUAAGAGAAAAAUCAAAAUUCCCUGGAGCUACCAAAUACGUCGUUCAAGACAUUCAAGAUGCAUUGCUUGGAUUUUCCACAGCAUUUCCAAAUUUAUCUUCACUACGAUUACACAUUUUUGCUUUGGGUUAUUCUGCAAAAGUAGUUCCCUAUCUUGUACAACAAAAUUUACCAUCUGCUGGAAAUGCUAAAAGACUGAAAAUUUCAAGUGUCAUUUUGGGUAAUCCAUUUGUACAACCUUCACUUCAGUACGCCUCAUAUGCUAAAUAUGGAUAUAUUUCUGGAUUGACCAUGUAUCGACAAUUUGUGGAAAUGAAUCGACAAUAUGAGCAAUGUUUGACCGAUGUAGAGAAUGGAGAUUACACUCGUUAUGAUAAGGAAUGUCAUGGAUUGAUCGAAGGAUUACUCGUCAACUCUGGAAAUGUGUCUCCUUUUAACAUUCGUGAACAAACAACUCAAGAAUAUGUUCAAAGACAGAAUCUGUUAAAUUCCUAUGUCAAUAACAAUUUAUUUGACAUGUUGAAAAGUCUCGCUUCCAUUCCGUCCAAAGUCAAUAUUCCUCAUUGUAGUAAGAAGGUUAACGAUUUAUUCCACGAAGAAUAUCAUUUAGAUCUACCACAAGAACUUUUUCCUGCUCUACUCAAUGAAAAAUCACUCAUCGCUCCCAAUUAUGCGAGAUCGGCUGUUCGAUUCCUCGUCUACAGUGAACAAUUUAAUUUAGUCAGCAAUGUCUUUGGUGUGAAUGAAUUUUUGAGGCAAAUGCUCAAUUGGGACGGCCAAGUGUAUUUCAAUAACAUUAAUUCGACCAUUUUUAGAGUGGGUGGACUUGUCACAGGAAGAUUUAAAUCUUAUGGCGGUUUAACACAAGUUGUUUUGUAUAAUACUAAUUACAUCGAAGGAAUGCAAGACAAUCCCAAUAUUGGAUCGACCAUUUACACCAAUACCAAUGUUGACAUGGUGAGCUCAAAAUUUGAAAUGGUUCGUCGUUUCAUUACUCGACAAGGCAGUGACGAUAAUAGAGAUGAUCGAAAUAAUUUAUGUCCAGACUCAGAUGCCAUAUGCCACUCAUCCGUACAAUACCCAUGCCCUAAUAGUUGUUCCAAUAGAGGAUCUUGCAAUUUGACUACCAGCAGUUGUGAUUGUAGUGCCAAUUUUUAUGACAAUGAUUGUUCGGUUGCUCGAUUAAGAUACUCCAUUGAUCAACUCGCACAAAGUGUUUCAUUCCCUAAUUUAUUCAUCAACGGAAGAGAUACCAUUGUUUUUGAAAUUGAAAUCCAAGAACGAACUUCUUUAUUGGAUAUUUAUUUGGAUGUCUCUCGAAAUGGAGAUUUUGGAACACCUUUCGUUUUCCUUAAUGUUUCAACACGGCAAGAUGCACUCUCGAGUAGAGAAUUGAAGAAUUUAGCCAUGCAACAAAUUGGAUACAAUCUAUUGAAUGGUUAUAAGAGUACAAGAUCUGAGGCUCAAGCAAGUCAUGCACACUACUUUUUCACACGAUACAAAUCCUUCCAAUUUUUUAAUACUUCCCACGAACCAAAGAAAGUGAUCGAUGCACAAGAUGUAGAAAUUCUAAGAAACGAAUUUCACACACUUGCCAUUGUUAUUUACAACUCAGCAGACAUGCCAGUAGAAUUUAAUGUGACACUUCGAGCUGCUCCUGGAAGUGGAAAAGUUCAAUUAGCAGGAAUUUUCUUUUCAUUGAGUGUUCUCAUGUCCAUGAUUGUUGUCUUUGAAAUUGUUCUCAUUUAUCAAAGAAUGAACAAUCGAAAAUUAUUUAUGAACACUAAUGCACAACGUCGUGAGGACAUUCCAAUGAGAGAUGUCCAACGACAAGGUCUUUUGAAUAGUGAGCAAGACGAUGAUGAGGAGGAGGAAGAAACUCAUUGA